UAGAAAAAAACCAGACAGGGAAAUACACAAUGUGUUCGAUGAGCUAAUGUAGAUCACAGAACAGAGCACCAAAUUUCAAAUCCAAAACCAAACAAUGGAAACUGAACUAGCCAAACAAAUCCUUCCUCUCUUCAGCCAAUCCACAAUUUAUAUAAUCGAAUUUCGCCGCCGAAAUAAUCCCAACCUCCACUAACCUCCACCAAAAAGACGACGCUCUAACUUACUUCUUUUUUCAUUUCUUACCCCUUAACUUUUCCUUUUUGUCAAUUUCACCACAUACUUUCUGUUUGUUGCUCCAAAACACACAGACGUUAAACAGCUCUGUGAUCCUCCCUCUCUCUCUGCCUUCUCUUCAACAAAAUGCCUACUCUCCCCAAAUCUCCGCCUUCGCCACCGUCUCCUCCCCCUCUUCUCCACCAGGAUAACUCCGAUGCCGAGCGCCGCCUCCGUGAGGCGGAGGAGCGGUUAAGGGAGGCGAUAGAGGAGCUCCAACGCCGGCAGCGUAGAGUGGCUCGUGAUGGUCCUUAUCCGCCUUGUGAUCAUGCGCCUGACGAGUCGUGCGUGGCACACGCUAUCGGCAAUCUUUGCCAGACUUUCCUUCUCUCUUACGGCGUUAGAGUCGGUGUCGGAAUCUUGCUUCGGGCUUUCAAGCUGGCUAAAAGACAGUCUUACUCAUCUCUUCUUGAUCUAAAGCAACUUGUGUCGGAGAGAGAUUUAAUAGUGAGAGAAGAAGCAUGUCGUGUAGGUUUAUUAUUUGGGGGAUUCACGGGGUCUUAUCAUGCAAUUAGAUGUUUAUUGAGAAAAUUGAGAAGAAAAGAGACUCCAUUUAAUGCCAUUUUAGCAGGUUCGGUUGCAGGGUUGUCUGUUUUAGCAUUAGAUGAUUCUAACCGGAGGCGCACUCUUGCUCUCUAUCUUUUGGCAAGGGUGGCUCAGUGUGCAUAUAAUUCUGCGAAAUCCAAGAACAAAUUUCACCUUUGGGGAAGCCAUUGGAGGCACGGCGAUUCUUUGCUCUUUGCUUUGGCAUGUGCCCAGGUUAUGUAUGCCUUUGUAAUGCGUCCUGAGAGCUUGCCAAAAUCAUAUCACGACUUUAUUCAGAAGACAGGGCCAGUUGCACAGCCUGUAUACAAGGCUGUGAGAGAUAGCUGCAGAGGUGGCCCAGUAGACAUUGCUUCAUUAUCAGCUUAUUUAUCUAGCAGAGGGAAACUAAAUUCUGUGAAGCUGGAAGAGUUCCCUUCUAUUAUUCCUUGUAACAUUAUUCAUCCAGACACAAAUUCGUGUGUAACUCAUAAUGCCAAUGCAGCAUCAGCUACAUUCAGGAAAACUUUUCCACUUUACUUCUCUUUGACUUUUGUGCCAUAUGUUGUUCUACACCUUCAGAAGUUCAUGGAAGCACCUGCUCGUACAUGUUGGCUUGCUUUUAGAGAUGCAGUUCGCUCAACAACAUUCUUAUCUGCAUUUGUUGGCAUUUUUCAGGGGGUGAUAUGUCUGCAUAGAAAAGUUGCAAUGGUAGACCACAAGCUUGUGUAUUGGGUAGCAGGAGGAAUGGCUGCCCUUUCUGUACUGCUGGAGAAAAAAUCUAGACGUGCUGAACUCGCUUUGUAUGUUAUGCCACGAGCUGGAGAUUCAUUGUGGUAUAUUUUAAUUAACCGCCACUUGCUUCCAGAUGUUAAGAAUGCAGAGGUUGCCCUAUUUUGUGCAUGCAUGGGAGGAAUAAUGUACUACUUGGAAUAUGAACCAAGCACUAUGUCUCCAUUCCUAAGGAGUCUGAUCCGUCGCUUCCUGGCAAGCAGAAUAAGCAAUCCAAGCCCUCCAUCUAACCGAAAUGCUUCCUACACAUAUUUGCAGACUCUUGAUGCUAUCAAUCCACCAAAAUUGCAGGAGAGCAAAGAGGCUAAAGCUUCGUCAACACAGAAAUACAAUCUUGAGUCUAUUCCAGGGCUGUAAGUGUAUUGUCGUGGCUCUUAGGCUACUGCUGCCAGAAUCUCAUCCCAACCAUUCUUUUAAAUUCAAAUUAUAUAUCAGUUAUUAGAAGGCAGAUGAGUUAUUCUUAGUACAGUAGAAUUUAACAAGGAGAUCAAUAAUCUUUCAUGCUUCAGAUUAUGGCCCAUAGAAAAAUGUUUUGUGACCCAUACAAAUAUGUUGAGAGAGAAUAGGAUUUAUUUUAUCCAGAUAGAGGGUUAUAUUUCCCCUUAUGAUUGUAUUCUCCAUCAGAUCAACAGUUUUACUAGGAAGAGAGGCUGAAGCUUUUAAGCCAUUCUGGGCUCUGGGAGGUUUUCUGCUUGUAAAUAAUAUUUGCCCUUUUAACUAUUCUCUACAUGCUUUGAUGCUUUGUCUUAUUUUGUAAUCUGAAAUAUUUAUGAUUUCUGGCUCUUCCUGCAAAA